AGCUGAUAAAUGUAUAUGGCUGUUUAUAAUCUGCAUUUCUUUAUUCAGAUUGACCCGCUUGCUGGGAUGGCAUCUCUUAGUUUAGGUGGUUCAGCUGUUCCACAUACCCAGAGUAUGCAAGGCUUCCCUCCAAAUUUGGGUUCUGCUUUCAGUACACCUCAGUCACCAGCAAAAGCAUUUCCUCCCCUUUCCACCCAAAAUCAGACAACUGCUUUCAGUGGCAUUGGAGGACUCUCUUCACAACUUCCAGUAGGUGGUCUUACUACGGGUAGCCUAACUGGUAUAGGGACUGGGGCCCUUGGCCUCCCUGCAGUGAACAACGAUCCAUUCGUGCAAAGGAAACUGAGUACAUCUGGACUGAACCAGCCUACAUUCCAGCAGAGUAAGAUGAAACCUUCUGACUUAUCUCAGGUGUGGCCAGAGGCAAAUCAGCACUUUAGUAAAGAAAUAGAUGAUGAAGCAAACAGCUACUUUCAGCGCAUUUAUAAUCAUCCACCACACCCCACCAUGUCUGUAGAUGAGGUAUUAGAAAUGCUACAGAGGUUUAAGGACUCCAACAUUAAGCGGGAACGAGAAGUGUUUAACUGUAUGCUGAGGAACUUGUUUGAGGAGUACCGUUUUUUCCCCCAAUACCCAGACAAAGAGCUGCACAUAACAGCCUGCCUCUUUGGUGGGAUAAUAGAGAAAGGACUGGUUACUUACAUGGCAUUGGGCCUGGCCCUGCGCUAUGUUCUUGAAGCCUUACGAAAGCCUUUUGCAUCCAAAAUGUACUAUUUUGGUAUUGCUGCACUAGAUAGAUUUAAAAAUAGAUUGAAGGACUAUCCCCAGUAUUGUCAGCACUUGGCUUCUAUUAGUCACUUUAUACAGUUCCCUCAUCACCUACAGGAGUACAUUGAAUAUGGACAGCAAUCCAGAGAUCCUCCUGUGAAGAUGCAGGGUUCAAUCACCACCCCUGGAAGUAUUGCACUUGCCCAGGCUCAGGCCCAGGCCCAGGCCCCAGCAAAAGCUCCUCUUGCUGGCCAAGUCAGCACUAUAGUAACCACCUCCACCACCACCACCACUGUGGCAAAAACCAUUACAAUCACCCGACCAACUGGAGUCAGCUUCAAAAAGGAUGUGCCGCCUUCCAUUAAUACUACCAACAUCGAUACCUUGCUAGUGGCAACAGAUCAAACUGAGAGAAUUGUGGAGCCCCCAGAAAAUGUUCAGGAAAAAAUUGCUUUCAUAUUCAAUAAUCUGUCUCAAUCAAAUAUGACACAGAAGGUUGAGGAGCUGAAGGAAACUGUGAAAGAAGAGUUCAUGCCUUGGGUUUCACAAUAUCUUGUGAUGAAGAGAGUCAGUAUUGAGCCAAAUUUUCACAGCCUAUAUUCAAAUUUCCUUGACACUCUUAAGAAUCCAGAGUUUAACAAGAUGGUUCUGAAUGAAACCUACAGAAAUAUCAAGGUGCUACUGACAUCAGAUAAAGCUGCAGCCAACUUCUCUGACCGUUCCCUUCUGAAGAACCUUGGCCACUGGCUGGGAAUGAUCACCUUGGCUAAAAAUAAACCCAUCUUGCACACGGAUUUGGAUGUGAAAUCGUUACUUCUGGAGGCUUAUGUUAAGGGGCAACAGGAGUUGCUUUAUGUAGUACCAUUUGUUGCCAAAGUCUUAGAAUCCAGUGUCAGAAGUGUGGUUUUCAGGCCUCCAAACCCCUGGACGAUGGCAAUCAUGAACGUUUUAGCUGAGCUGCAUCAAGAACAUGACUUAAAACUAAAUCUGAAAUUUGAGAUUGAGGUGCUCUGCAAGAACCUUGCACUAGACAUCAAUGAGCUGAAACCUGGAAACCUCCUGAAAGACAAGGAUCGGUUGAAAAAUUUGGACGAACAGCUGUCUGCUCCAAAGAAGGAUGUAAAACAGCCGGAGGAGCUACCACCAAUCACAACAACCACUGCUUCUACAACCCCAGCUACUAACACCACUUGUACAGCAUCCGUUCCUCCACAACCUCAGUACAGUUACCAUGACAUCAACGUCUACUCUCUGGGAGGGCUGGCUCCACACAUUACUCUAAAUCCGACUAUUCCACUGUUCCAGGCCCACCCACAGCUAAAGCAGUGUGUGCGUCAAGCUAUAGAGCGUGCAGUGCAGGAGCUUGUCCAUCCAGUGGUAGACCGGUCCAUUAAGAUUGCCAUGACUACCUGUGAACAGAUAGUCAGAAAGGACUUUGCACUGGAUUCAGAGGAGUCACGCAUGCGUGUAGCGGCACACCACAUGAUGCGGAACCUGACUGCUGGUAUGGCCAUGAUUACCUGCAGGGAACCUCUGAUGAUGAGCAUUGCUACCAACUUGAAGAACAGUUUUGCUACUGCACUGCGGGCAGCAUCCCCACAGCAGAGGGAGAUGAUGGAGCAGGCAGCUGCACAGUUAGCUCAGGAUAACUGUGAAUUAGCAUGUUGCUUCAUUCAGAAGACAGCUGUGGAAAAGGCAGGCCCUGAAAUGGACAAGAGGCUGGCAACUGAAUUUGAGCUCAGAAAGCAUGCAAGGCAAGAGGGUCGUCGGUACUGUGAUCCUGUUGUAUUAACUUACCAGGCUGAACGGAUGCCAGAGCAGAUCAGAUUGAAGGUUGGUGGUGUGGACCCAAAACAGCUGGCUGUUUAUGAAGAGUUUGCACGCAAUGUCCCCGGCUUCUUGCCUACCAAUGAUUUAACCCAGCCCACAGGAUUCUUGGCUCAGCCUAUGAAGCAAGCUUGGGCUACAGAUGAUGUAGCACAGAUCUAUGAUAAAUGUAUGACAGAACUGGAACAACACCUACAAUCCAUACCACAUACCCUGGCCAUGAACCCACAAGCUCAAGCCUUACGCAGCCUGUUGGAGGCUGUAGUAGUGGCUCGUAACUCCCGUGAUGCCAUAGCCGCGCUUGGACUGCUCCAGAAGGCUGUUGAGGGCUUACUGGAUGCCACCAGUGGUGCAGAUGCUGACCUCCUGCUCCGCUACCGUGAGUGUCACCUACUUGUACUGAAAGCUCUGCAGGAUGGCCGUGCCUAUGGGUCUCCAUGGUGUAACAAGCAGAUCACCAGAUGCUUGAUUGAAUGCCGGGAUGAGUAUAAGUACAAUGUAGAAGCUGUGGAGCUGCUAAUCCGCAAUCACCUUGUUACCAUGCAGCAGUACGAUCUUCACUUGGCACAGUCAAUGGAGAAUGGCUUGAACUACAUGGCAGUGGCAUUUGCCAUGCAGUUGGUGAGGAUCUUGUUGGUGGAUGAGAGGAGUGUAGCCCACGUAACAGAGGCAGAUCUAUUCCACACCAUUGAGACUCUGAUGAGGAUUAAUGCUCACUCCAGAGGGAAUGCUCCAGAAGGGUUACCCCAGUUGAUGGAAGUGGUCCGAUCCAACUAUGAAGCAAUGAUUGACCGUGCUCAUGGAGGCCCUAACUUCAUGAUGCAUUCUGGGAUCUCCCAAGCCUCUGAGUAUGAUGAUCCACCAGGCCUGAGGGAGAAGGCAGAGUAUCUACUGAGGGAAUGGGUGAAUCUCUACCAUUCAGCUGCAGCUGGCCGUGACAGUACCAAAGCUUUCUCUGCGUUUGUUGGACAGGUAGAGCUUUUGGAAAGAAAGAUGCACCAGCAAGGAAUCCUGAAAACGGAUGACCUGAUAACUCGGUUCUUUCGUCUUUGCACUGAAAUGUGUGUUGAAAUCAGCUAUCGUGCUCAGGCCGAGCAGCAGCACAAUCCAGCCGCCAAUCCCACCAUGAUCAGAGCCAAAUGCUACCACAACCUGGAUGCCUUUGUGCGGCUUAUUGCACUGCUAGUGAAGCACUCUGGGGAGGCAACCAACACGGUCACAAAGAUUAACCUACUGAACAAGGUGCUUGGUAUAGUGGUGGGAGUUCUGCUCCAGGACCAUGAUGUUCGGCAGAGUGAGUUUCAGCAGCUUCCUUACCACCGCAUUUUCAUCAUGUUGCUGUUAGAAUUAAAUGCUCCUGAACAUGUGCUGGAGACCAUCAACUUCCAGACCCUUACAGCCUUCUGUAACACAUUUCACAUCCUGAGGCCUACGAAAGCUCCGGGUUUUGUUUAUGCCUGGCUGGAACUGAUUUCCCAUCGGAUAUUUAUUGCGAGAAUGCUGGCGCAUACACCACAGCAGAAGGGGUGGCCUAUGUAUGCCCAGCUGCUAAUUGAUCUCUUCAAGUACUUGGCUCCUUUCCUUAGAAAUGUGGAACUCACUAAACCUAUGCAAAUUCUCUACAAGGGCACUCUGCGUGUGUUGCUGGUCUUAUUGCAUGAUUUCCCAGAAUUCCUUUGUGACUACCACUAUGGGUUCUGUGAUGUGAUCCCACCAAACUGUAUCCAACUAAGGAAUCUGAUCCUGAGUGCCUUCCCACGUAACAUGAGGCUUCCAGACCCUUUCACUCCCAACCUAAAAGUGGACAUGUUAAGUGAGAUUAAUAUUGCACCACGAAUACUCACCAACUUUACUGGAGUGAUGCCACCUCAGUUCAAAAAAGAUUUGGAUUCCUAUCUCAAAACUCGCUCGCCUGUCACUUUCCUGUCUGACUUGCGCAGCAAUCUACAGGUAUCCAAUGAACCUGGCAAUCGCUACAACAUCCAGCUGAUUAACGCACUGGUGCUCUACGUAGGCACUCAGGCUAUUGCACAUAUUCACAACAAAGGCAGCACACCCUCGAUGAGCACGAUCACCCAUUCAGCUCACAUGGACAUUUUCCAGAACUUGGCUGUGGAUCUGGACACAGAAGGUCGGUACCUCUUCUUGAAUGCAAUUGCCAAUCAGCUGCGGUACCCAAACAGCCAUACACACUAUUUCAGUUGUACCAUGCUUUACCUAUUUGCAGAGGCCAAUACUGAGGCUAUCCAGGAACAGAUCACGAGGGUACUGUUGGAACGACUGAUUGUAAAUAGACCUCACCCAUGGGGUCUCCUCAUUACCUUCAUUGAGCUGAUAAAAAAUCCAGCGUUUAAAUUCUGGAACCAUGAGUUUGUUCACUGUGCUCCGGAAAUUGAGAAGUUGUUUCAGUCAGUUGCACAGUGCUGCAUGGGGCAGAAGCAGGCACAGCAAGUGAUGGAAGGCACUGGUGCCAGUUAGAUGAACUGCAUCUUGUAUUGUAAGCGUGCCAGCCUGGAGGUCCCCUUCCCAUCAAACUGACAGAAGAAUCCUUAAAGCUCUUCCUGACCUUCCCAGCCCCUCGAUUUGGGUACACACAACAAGCCUUUGGGUGAAAGUCUGUGUGGGCAUGUUCCAAAGUUUAAAGCAAAAUUUUGACUCUUGGCCAAAAUUUAGAAGAUGCUGUGAAUAUCAUUUUGAACUAGUGUAAAUACAUGGAACCGAAACGUUUGUCUGGACUUCUUGGGUUUGUGCAAAUUGUGUUAAAGGCAGGUGGAUAACUGGUGCCUGUCCAGCUUGUAAUAAAGGGGCAGCUGCUGAUGCCAAGCACUUGUCUAGGGCAGACCUCCUUGUCCUGACAUUCCCGGACUCCCAAAGAAUAUUGAAAAGCCAGUUUUAAAUAUUAUGUAACUUAUUUUUUUUCUUUGUGGAUGGGGGACCUUUAAAUCACUAAGUUGUUUAAAAAAAAAAAAGUGGAUGUGUUGGGAUAUGGGAAUACUAUGGAAUGUGGGAGGGAGGGGUUGGGAUUAAGGUCUAGUGUUGCUUCUCCCUCCUGCCCCCCAAUCAACUGCUGACAGUGGGGGGAGGUAGCCUUCAGAGCCCGCCUCCUUUCUGUUGGAUAAGAUAAACUUCAGGCCCUUCGGGAGAGGGUCAGCUGUUUUUAGUAGAGAGACCUGGCCUAUAGCUUUUUUUCUUUUUUUCCUGACACUUGUAAAUUUUGGAAGGGGGGAGCUAAAUCUAGAACUGUCCCCCUGUGGCCACACAGCAUAAGUUUGUAAAAAGAACAAAGGACCAAUACAGCCCAUUUUGUAAGGAUUUUGAAUGUUUUGUAAAUGUAUUGGUCCAUGUGUUGUAUUUUGUAGCCUUUCUAGUUCUUGGGCUUUAGUUCUCCCACUUCUUGUAUGUAUGCAUACUGUAGUUACACAUUAAAGUCAUGACAUGCA